AGAGGGUUAAACCCUAGCUGGCCGCACCUCGUAUAUAAUCGCUCACCCGUUUGGUCUCCAUCUCUGAGCUUUCGGCGGCGGCGGCGAACUCGUGAUCUGAAAACAAGCAGGCGCCCUCUCAUCUCGUCUACGAUUCGCCGCCGCUUCACGCAACCAUGUCGAAAAGGAAGACCAGGGAGCCCAAGGAGGAGAACGUCACCCUUGGCCCAGCUGUCCGUGAAGGAGAGUUUGUCUUCGGUGUUGCUCACAUCUUUGCGUCCUUCAAUGACACUUUCAUUCAUGUGACUGACUUGUCUGGGAGGGAAACACUGGUGCGGAUCACUGGUGGCAUGAAGGUCAAGGCUGACCGUGAUGAAUCUUCACCUUAUGCUGCUAUGCUUGCGUCUCAGGAUGUUGCUGCACGCUGCAAGGAGCUUGGUAUUACUGCACUGCAUAUUAAGCUCCGUGCCACUGGAGGCAACAAAACCAAGACCCCUGGACCUGGUGCUCAGGCUGCUCUCAGGGCUCUUGCUCGUUCUGGGAUGAAAAUUGGACGCAUUGAGGACGUGACUCCAGUUCCCACUGACAGCACCCGCAGGAAGGGUGGAAGGAGGGGAAGGAGGCUGUAGAUGUCACCAUCCGUUACCCUCUUGCUAUGGCAACCAACAACUUGCUCCUCUGUGGGUGUACUGCUGUUUCUCUCUUUGUCAGAGAAGCUUUGAUUUUGCUCUGUUGAGGAUCAUUUACUGUUAGUCGAAACCUAUCAUGUUGCGUGGAUCGUAUUUUUGGUUCUGAAAUUUGUCAUAUUUAUGCGAAAACUAGCUUUUCAGUCUGAAACCUUGCAAUGUUGUGAUCUCUGUCAGAUCGUUCUGUAGUUGCUUACCAAAGAGCUCUAGGUGUUGA